CCGAAGGCCGGGUGAGAGUGUCUGUGCCUCGGGCUCUCCAGGCGGCUGUGGCCCCGCGCCGUGGGCGUCUAGCCUUCUACCGCCUAGCCCAUCCGAGAGAGCGGCGGCUUCGCCCCUGGGCCGGGUAUCUUCCGGCAGGCGCACCUGAAACCGGAAGUGACGCGUGGCGCACGCUCUCACCUGAGCGGCAGGCACGGGGCUGUCGCGGCGCGGACCAGCCCCUGGCAUCUGCUUCUGGGUUUGUGAGUGGGGCCUGGCCUGCAGGGCCUACAGGGCUCUGAUAGUUUGUAGAGGAUGUCCCAUGAGGAAAUCCCCAACUCCACUCAUCCUCAAGAGCAAGACCAUUUACCAAAUCAGCAUGUCAGUGCCGACACAGACAUGCCAGUUGAGCAGGAGAGUGGUGGGGUCUCAGAAGCUGGGGAGUGCCUCUCUUCUACUUCCUGUGAGUAUGGGCCAUCCACAUCUGCUGAAGCUUCUGUGUUGGCAGUCACAAGGCGGGGACCAACCCUGCUACACAUUGAUAGGCAUCAGAUCCCUGCAGUGGAGCCCAGUGCUCAGGCCCUGGAACUGCAGGGCCUGGGUGUGGACGUUUAUGACCAGGCCGUCCUGGAGCAAGGCGUGCUUCAGCAGGUGGACAGUGCGAUGCAUGAGGCCAGCCGUGCGGCCCAGCUUGCUGAUGCGGAGAAGGACUAUCAGUCAGUCCUGGAUGACCUCAUGUCAUGUACAACAUCCCUGAGGCAAAUCAAUAAAAUUAUAGAGCAACUUAGCCCUCAAGCUGCCAGCAACAGAGACAUCAACAGGAAACUAGAUUCCGUGAAACGACAGAAGUAUAACAAGGAACAACAGCUAAAGAAGAUAACUGCAAAACAGAAACGUCUCCAGGCCAUUCUCGGAGGGGCUGGGGUCCAAGUGGAACUGGAUCAUGCCAGCCUAGAGGAGGAAGAUGCAGAGCCAGGGCCAUCAUGUCUUGGCAGUAUGCUCAUGCCUGCCCAGGAGACUGCCUGGGAAGAGCUUAUUCGCACUGGCCAGAUGACACCGUUUGGUACUCCAGCCCCUCAGAAACAGGAGAAAAAGCCUAGAAAAAUAAUGCUCAAUGAAGCUUCAGGCUUUGAAAAAUAUUUAGCAGACCAAGCACAACUUUCGUUUGAAAGGAAGAAACAAGUUGCUAAUAAAAGGACAACUAGAAAAGCUGUGGUUAUAUCUGAGUCAAGCCGAGCACCAAAUGAAACCAAGCCAGACCAGGGAAGCCAAGUGCUCUCUCAGACAGAUAAGCGCCUGAAGAAGCACAUCAGGAAGCUCCAGAAGAGGGCGCUGCAGUUCCAGGGGAAAGUGGGAUUGCCAAGGGGGAAGAAACCUCUGGAGCCUGAGGUGAGGCCAGAGGCCGAGGGAGACACUGAAGGUGAGGAGUCUGGGUCCUCUCCCACUGGUGGGGACGAGGAGGAAGAGCAAGAGGAGGAGGAAGAGGUAGCCAGCCCGUCUUCUGAUGACAUUAGCUAUGAACUGAAGCCUCUUCGGAAGGGGCAAAAAUACCAGAAGAAAGUUCCAGUGCAGGAGAUCGACGAUGACUUUUUUCCAAGUUCAGAGGAGGAAGAUGAAGCUCUGGAAGGAAGAGGAGGCCGCAAGGUAGCCAGGCACCAAGACGAUGGAGAUGAGGAUUGUUAUAAGCAGCGGUUAAGGAAGUGGAAUAGGCAGAGGCUGCAGGACAAAGAGAAACGCCUGAAGCUUGAAGAUGAUUCUGAGGAGAGCGAUGCUGAAUUUGAUGAAGGUUUCAAAGUGCCGGGUUUUCUGUUCAAAAAGCUCUUUAAGUAUCAGCAGACAGGUGUUAGGUGGCUGUGGGAAUUGCACUGCCAGCAGGCAGGAGGAAUUCUGGGAGACGAAAUGGGAUUGGGCAAGACCAUCCAGAUAAUUGCCUUCUUGGCAGGUCUGAGCUACAGCAAGAUCAGGACUCGCGGUUCAAAUUACAGGUUUGAGGGACUAGGCCCCACAAUAAUUGUCUGCCCAACGACAGUGAUGCAUCAGUGGGUGAAGGAAUUCCACACGUGGUGGCCUCCAUUCAGAGUGGCGAUUCUUCAUGAAACAGGUUCCUAUGCCCACAAAAAGGAGAGGCUGAUUCGAGAUACUGUUCAUUGUCAUGGAGUUUUGAUAACUUCGUAUUCAUACAUCCGACUGAUGCAAGACGACAUUAGCAGACAUGACUGGCACUAUGUCAUCUUAGAUGAAGGACACAAAAUUCGAAAUCCAAAUGCUGCAGUCACCCUUGCUUGCAAGCAGUUCCGGACACCUCAUCGGAUUAUCUUGUCCGGCUCACCAAUGCAGAAUAACCUCCGAGAACUGUGGUCACUCUUUGACUUCAUCUUCCCAGGAAAGCUAGGCACAUUGCCUGUGUUUAUGGAGCAGUUCUCAGUCCCCAUCACCAUGGGAGGUUAUUCCAAUGCUUCCCCAGUACAGGUUAAAACUGCCUAUAAAUGUGCAUGUGUCUUAAGAGACACAAUAAACCCAUACCUACUGCGGAGAAUGAAAUCAGAUGUCAAGAUGAGCCUUUCGUUGCCAGAUAAAAAUGAGCAGGUCUUAUUUUGCCGUCUAACUGAUGAGCAGCAUAAAGUCUACCAGAAUUUCAUUGAUUCCAAAGCAGUUUACAGGAUUCUCAAUGGAGAGAAUCAGAUUUUCUCUGGACUUGUAGCUCUGAGGAAGAUCUGCAACCACCCUGACCUGUUUUCUGGAGGUCCCAAGAAUGUCAUUGGUCUUCCAGAGGACGAAUUGGAAGAAGAGCAGUUUGGAUACUGGAGACGCUCUGGGAAAAUGAUUGUUGUUGAGUCUUUGCUGAAAAUAUGGCACAGGCAGGGUCAGCGGGUGUUGCUGUUUUCCCAGUCCAGGCAGAUGCUGCACAUACUAGAAGUGUUCCUGAGAGCCCACAAGUAUUCCUAUCUCAAGAUGGAUGGGACCACCACCAUAGCAUCAAGACAGCCACUGAUUACAAAAUACAAUGAGGACACGUCCAUCUUUGUCUUUCUUCUGACCACACGGGUGGGUGGCUUAGGAGUGAACCUGACCGGGGCCAACAGAGUCAUCAUCUACGACCCUGACUGGAACCCAAGCACCGACACACAGGCCCGAGAGCGAGCAUGGAGGAUAGGUCAGAAGAAGCAAGUGACUGUCUAUAGGCUUCUGACGGCCGGUACCAUUGAGGAAAAGAUCUACCACCGACAAAUCUUCAAGCAAUUUUUGACAAACAGAGUGCUAAAAGAUCCAAAACAAAGGCGCUUUUUCAAAUCCAAUGAUCUCUAUGAGCUGUUUACUCUGACUAGUCCUGAUGCCUCCCAAGGCACUGAAACAAGUGCUAUUUUUGCAGGAACUGGCUCCAAUAUUCAGACACCUAAAUGCCAUUUAAAAAAAAGGACUCCGCCAGUCCUAGAAACGGAUCCCAAAUGCAAGAAGCCCCCUGUUUCUGACACACCUGCAAAUGGUGCCACCCUGAUGGGAGAAAAACCUAAGGCAGUGGGAGCUACAGGAAGUGUCACUUCUGGAGAAAGUGGUCCUUUGAAAGGCGACCAUCAUACAAAUGGAAACAGAGCUAGCAAUGUUGCUUUUGGAGAAGAGAUAGAUGCAGGGUCCACGCUAGAGCAUCUCUCAGUGAUGAGUAGAGAUGGGAAGUGUUCAGAUUCUCCAACAGUUGACCACACAUCCAGGCCAUCAGUUGAGGCAAGCACCAUCGAGAAGCAGGGUUCUUCCUAUGAAGGGGAGUGCUGCCAGGCUCAGGCAGAACCUGUUCCCACGAGUGAACAAAUGGAAGGCCAGUUCUCUAAGCACAAAUCAAAAAGGAAACAUGAUGCAUCGGAGGACGAGGCCACAGAGAAACAUCCACAGCCCAAGCAAAAGGCCAAGAACUCCAAGCAUUGCAGAGAUGCUAAGUUUGAGGGAACUCGAGUCCCACACCUAGUGAAGAAAAGGCGGUACCGCCAGCAAACCACUGAGCAGGACAGUGGAGCCAAGGACCGAAGCAGUGAUGAUUAUGUUUUAGAAAAGCUUUUCAAAAAAUCAGUGGGCGUGCACAGCGUCGUGAAGCAUGAUGCCAUCAUAGAUGGGUCCAGUCCGGAUUAUGUGCUGGUGGAGGCAGAAGCCAACCGAGUGGCUCAGGACGCCUUGAAAGCUCUGAGGCUCUCUCGUCAGCAAUGCUUGGGUGCAACAUCUGGUGUCCCCACCUGGACUGGCCACAGGGGUAUUUCUGGUGCACCAACAGGAGUAAAGAACAGGUUCGGUCAGAAAAGGAAUUCCAACCUCCCUGUGCAGCGUCCUUCAUCACUAACAGAAAGGACUCAGAACAACAUGAAAAAAGAGGGGAAAGCUCACACCCCUGAGCACUUUAGUGGCAAAGAAGAUGGAGCAUCUUUGUCUGGAGCGCCCAGUUCCUCCUCACUCUUGGCCAGAAUGCGAGCAAGAAACCACAUGAUUUUGCCCGAGCGCUUGGAGAGUGACAGCGAGCACCUUGCUGAGGCUGCUGCUGUGCCUCCCUGCAGCACGGAACACGACGACCUUCUGGUGGACAUGAGGAACUUCAUUGCUUUCCAGGCCCAGGUGGAUGGCCAGGCCAGCACUCAGGAAAUCCUGCAGGAGUUUGAGUCCAAGCUGUCCGUGGCACAGUCCUGUGUCUUCCGAGAACUACUGAGAAAUCUGUGCAAUUUCCAUAGAACUCCUGGUGGUGAAGGGAUUUGGAAACUGAAGCCCGAAUACUGCUAAAAGUGAUGCUCCCUAAACUCUUUCAAAUGGGAAUCUGAGCUCACCAAUCCUGUGAUUAAUGAUCAUGUAUGUGUGUGUGUAUGUGUUCGCGCACAUGUGAGUGCAUGGCUGCACUUGGUAUUUACUGUGUCAUCUACCUCAAGACUAAAACUUGAAGAAGAAAAUAAUUGGAGGUUUUUUAUUUUGUUUUGUCUUGGUGGCACUGUGGAUUAAGUUAUAAAACCAGGACCUAACAGUUAUUUAAUGGGGCAAAUAUAUUCCUUAACCCAAAAGAUGUUGUCAGGGAGCACUUCCUACUUAAGAAUAGCUCUCAGUUCUUAGUGGUGCUGGGAACAUGUCUUCUCUUUAUCCAUCCCAUCCCAUAAGUCACUUUACAGUAUCUAAUAACUUUAGUACCUUGAUACAGGAUGAGUAAAUAUUUCUGACCCACUGGCCACAUACAGAAUGACACUUGCUAUCUGUCAAAUCAUUAAUUACUUAUAAAUAAUUCUUCAUAGUAUUUUAAAUUAGCAGGUUUGGGUUUUGUUGUUUGUUUGCUUGUUUGUUUUAAAUGUUGCUGAAGACAGACUCUGGUGUCUUGUACAUGCUAAUCAUGUGCUUUACCACCAAGUUCCAUUCCAGUUCAUACAUAUGUAUCAAAGUAGGAAGUCUGUUUUUUCUUCUCUGUCAUCAUUAUCUAAAGAUGGUGGAUGGGGUUUGUUUAAAUAGGUCAUUCAGUUCUAAACUUUAGUACUUGGCUCAGAAGGAAGUCCCAAUACCUAUUUGUUUGUUUAUUUUUUCUUGUAGUCAUCAGCCUACCGGAACUGCUCUUACCCUUGUCCUCAGGCUGACCCUGACCAGGCUCACUAGCGUGAAACAUUUAUGCUGUGCCUGUAAUGUCUGAGAUCUAUGUUAUACUGAGCUAGAGAAUGGAUAGACACCUCUUAACUGUCGAAAGUUACCUACCACGUAGUGAGGAAGGAAUCCAUGUUCCAGCUCUGCCACUGACCUGCAUAGCCUGGGAAAGUUGAAUCUGUAAACAUGGUUAUCCUGCCAAGCUGGGAGAAGCUUAGAGACCAGUGCUCUAGGUUAAAAUACCUUUUAACAAUAUACAGCACCUUUAUACAUGGAAGCUGCAGUCUGAUUUUUUUAAAACAUUAGAUGCUUUGUAUGGUGUAAAUAGAUUUAAUGUAUUAAACAUGUUAAAUAAUUACAAAUAAAAGAUUUUAAAAUGCCA